UAGCCCUGCGCGCGUCGAGCAGUAGCGCGAGCCCACUGUCGCGAGCGUCGACGGUAGUUUUGUCUAUAGUUAGUCCCCUUGUGUGUGCACUCGUCUCUCCUCGCGAUUGCACGCGAUUGUUUAUAACUGAUUUGUGGGUUCCCAGUACUCGGUGCGAUUUCGCCGACGAUGAGCGCCGAGGAGGAAGUGUUGCGCAUACAGAAGAAGCUCAACAAGAUGUCGAGCGGUGACGGGACGGGCCAGGAACAGGCUUUGGAUUUGCUCAAAGUACUUCAGAAAUUACCUGUUGAUUUGGAACUCUUGACGAAGACGCGAAUCGGAAUGACCGUAAACGCAUUGAGAAAGUCAAGCAGAGACGAGGAAGUUAUUUCUUUGUCAAAAACUCUCAUCAAGAACUGGAAGAAAUUUUUACCAGAAAAAGAUUCUGUAUCAUCGAGUACUUCGAAGAAAAAGGACGAGAAAUUGGACAAGGGAAAGGAAGAUAACGAUCAGAAGAAAGAUACAACAGACGCUUCCGAAACCAAGAAGGAAGAGAAGUCCAAAGAUGUUCAUAGAAAACAGUCAUCGUUUCCCGCUCCUACCACCACAGAUGCGGUCAGAUUAAAAUGCAGAGAAUUGCUAGCGGCAGCUUUACGCGUAGACGGGAAAGUCAUCGAUAGCUGCGCAAGUCCAGAAGAGCUAGCGGAAGAACUGGAAGAAGCAAUUUAUGCGGAAUUCAAAAAUACUGAUAACAGAUACAAAAAUAGGGUGCGAAGCAGAGUUGCCAAUUUGCGUGAUGUAAAGAAUCCCAAUCUACGAACCAACUUUCUGGUAGGCGCGAUUACACCUGCCCGACUGGCCGUGAUGACGGCCGAAGAAAUGGCGAGCGACGAGAUAAAGCAGCUACGCGAGCAAUUUAAAAAAGAGGCUAUCAACGACGCGCAACUCGCCACUGUGCAAGGAACGAAAACUGAUUUGCUCAAGUGCGGCAAAUGCAAGAAGCGCAAUUGCACGUACAAUCAGGUGCAGACGCGUUCGGCCGACGAACCGAUGACUACCUUUGUGUUGUGUAACGAGUGCGGAAACAGAUGGAAGUUUUGCUAAAGUUUCCCUCGCCAGAUUUUCAACUAUCAUAUUUUUUGAUCUACGGUUUAUCAUAUAUUGCGUCGAAAUUAUAUAGACAUAACACAUGUAUAAAUUAAGUAAUAUGAGGCACGGAAACCUAAAGCGUAUGAACGUUCUAAUAGAAAAGUUAGAAACGUGGAUUGGGGGAACGUUUUCAUCGUUUUCUCUCCUAUACUCACUCAGCAAAGUAUUGUUGGCGUAAGAGAGACGCUCAGUCUAUACACACGUAUAUUGUAUUUGUGUCCGUGGAAAUGUAUGUCAGUUACUUGUCUAGAAUUUAAUACGGGAUGAGUUAACUGAAGAACUAUAAAUAAAAUGUGGUUUGUUUGACUAUUAUAUAUAUAUACGUAUGUGUAUAUAUAUAUAUAUAUAUAUAUAUAUAUAUAUGCUUCAAAACAAACUGUCUUCAAUUAAUUCUACAAUCUGUACACACACUUCGAACAUCGCUAGCUUCUUUAUACAAAAAAAAAGUUUAUCUAUUACAGUGAAAAAAAAUUAUAUAUAUAAAUUACCACUAUAUACAUAUAUAUAAAACAAUUUUAAUGUUAGAAGGCCUCUGCGACACUACUUUUAUCUCACAACAAUUUUGUGAAACAUUAAACUGUAAAAUUUUCCUUUCGCAAACAUAGUUUAGAAGUUACAGAAUGUACAUUAACGUAAUCGCGAACGUAAUAAGAUUUUCCUGAAGAAUACACGUCUUUAAAUACACACACACACACACACAAACGUAUGUAUAUAUAUUGAAAUCUAUUUACUGGUUUUGGACUUCGUGAAAGUUCAGAAAGGAAAAAUAGAAAUUUAUAUAGUAUCUAUAUGUAUAAUUAUAAAAAAAAAAAAUACGUAAAACACACGCCCUUUUAAUCAACGUCUUUUUAUUCUAUACUCCUGGUUUAUCGCGAGUCUUUAUUCUGCCAUUACAUAACCGUUACAUUCAAAUUUUUAUUUACGUGCGUAUAAAUGAUGUAAGUAGUUUUUAUCGCUUUAUGGAGAAUUCAGACAGUCAUAAAAGCUACGAAUUAUGUUAAAAAUUCUGAAAUAUAUAGAUGCGUAUACAAAACGUAGGACGUCUUGUUGCAAAUUUUAUUUAAAUUACCUCAUUAUUAUUCUCUUCUGCGAUUACAAAAGCUAUGCUUUAUAACGUAAUUAAUCGUUUUUAACGACGUUUUUUAUUGUUUGUACGACGCGAAGAUAUCCCACCAAGGCUUCGGGUUAAAAAAAAAAAAAAACCUACAGCGCUUAACACAAUGACUAUACUUUUUAUUUAAAAUUACUUUACGAGGUACAUUUAUAUACAUAAAAAAUUUGACUGUAACAUUAAGCUUAUGCAAUAUAGACAAUAUAUUCGUGCAUGUGUAAUAA